CCUUCUGCCACUGCAGAUACAUGACUCCGGUUUUGAAAGCUUUAGGUGUGGUGGCACGAGUGUCUGGCCCUCAGCCCCCCUCUGCCUGAAUGCAGCAGAUUGAAACAGUGCUUCACCUCAGUAUCAUCACUCCUUCCCUCUGGAAUACAGAUACAGGAGGAUCUCUCUUACCAGCAAGGCCUGCAUUUAUCAGCAGUGGCUUGUUUGCACAGGCUGCAGUCUGGCCAUCAGCUACAGCUGCUACAGACAGAAUGCCUGCACCUCAUUGUGAAGACGACAAUGAACGGUGGAGCAAAAUAAAAAUGAAGAGGAGGAUCUAAAAGAGGACACAAAACAUCACAGGACAUAGAAGAAUGGUGGGCGUGAAGAGAAGACAGAAGGAUAAAGAAGCUGACUGGGUGAAGUGACAUGACAAAGAGAAAGUGCGAUGUCUGCAUUACAUCAAAGAAGCAGGAUCCGAGUUCAGCGCAGUCCCACUUGGUCCUCUCAGACAUUCUUUUAGCAGUCAUACUCUUCUUCAAAGCAGGGAAGAAUUCAGCACACAAUACUGGAUGAAUCUGGUGGAUUCUUUCCACUGAGUUAGGACUUGAAUUAUAUUACAUCCUCAAAGCAGGACAGAUCAAUUACGAACAGCAAAACCUGAGGUGCCCGGAGAAAGAAACAGUGGAAUUAGAUAUUUCAUUGGCAGAUUCUUUUCCUCACAUCAGGUUUCUGCACAUUGGACACAGUGUGACAGGACAUUAGAACACUGAGUUAAAACAUCUGCCAGCAAAACUACAACAGAACAGCUCAACAAAAUGCCCUGCUCACCUUUCAGAAUCGGAAGACCAAGAAAAUUUUGGAAACAAGAUGGGAGUGACCCCCGAAUUUCUGCGACACUAGAGCCCCAGCUGUUCCAGCCCACGCUCCCAUACAGCAGCUCACCAAUCCACAAGACCACAGAUUUAUUUGAAAUGAUUGAAAAGAUGCAGGGCAACAGGAUGGAUGAGCAGAGAUGCACCUUUCCACCACCGCUCAAGACAGAGGAGGACUACAUUCCGUACCCAAGUGUCCACGAGGUGUUGGGGAGAAAAAGCCCUUUUCCUCUCAUCCUCCUGCCACAGUUUGGAGGUUACUGGAUCGAGGGGACCAACCAUGAGCUGAGUGAGCCGGUGGACACAGAGCAGCUACAGCCUCUGUCUCCAAACACCCGCACCAAGCUGGAAUGUAACACAAUGGCUACACUCUUCCGGAAACACUUCCUGGGCAAGGAACACUUUAAUUACUAUUCAGUGGACAGUGCCCUAGGACAUCUGGUGUUCUCCUUAAAAUACGAUGUGAUUGGUGACCAGGAACAUCUCCGUCUAAUGCUCAGGACAAAGCUGAAAACCUACCAUGAUGUGAUCCCCAUAUCGUGUCUCACAGAGUUUCCCAAUGUGGUCCAAAUGGCCAAGCUUGUCUGUGAAGAGGUCAACGUGGACCGCUUUUUUCCUGUCCUUUACCCAAAAGCUUCAAGACUUAUCGUCACUUUCGAUGAACACGUGAUAAGCAACAAUUUUAAGUUUGGGGUCGUCUAUCAAAAGUUUGGACAGACUUCAGAGGAAGAGCUGUUUGGCAACAGUGAAGAGAGUCCUGCCUUUGUAGAAUUCCUGGAGUUUCUCGGAGAGAAAAUUGAACUGCACAACUUUAAAGGUUUCCGCGGAGGGUUGGACGUGACUCAUGGGCAGACUGGCACAGAAUCUGUCUACUGCAACUACCGCAACAAAGAGGUCAUGUUCCAUGUGUCUACAAAGCUGCCUUACACAGAAGGGGACACCCAGCAGUUGCAGAGAAAAAGGCACAUAGGAAAUGACAUUGUAGCUAUCGUAUUCCAAGAAGAAAAUACUCCCUUUGUACCAGAUAUGAUCGCCUCCAACUUUCUCCACGCUUACGUUGUGGUCCAAGUGGUCAACCCCUGCACUGACAAUGUUCUCUACAAGGUGUCAGUGACUGCACGGGAUGAUGUACCUUUCUUUGGACCAGCGCUCCCAAACCCUGCUGUCUUUAAAAAAGGCCCUGAAUUCCAUGAAUUCCUUUUUACGAAGCUAAUCAAUGCAGAGUAUGCCUGCUACAAAGCUGAGAAAUUUGCCAAAUUGGAAGAGCGAACAAGGUCGGCCUUGUUAGAGACCCUUUACGAGGAGCUCCAUGUGAACAGCCAGGCCAUAAUGGGAGUUGGAGGAGAGGAUGACAAACUGGAAAACGGGAGUGCAGGAGGAGGGGGCUUCUUUGAGUCUUUUAAGCGAGUGGUCCGCAGCAGGAGCCAGUCUAUGGAUGCCAUGGGUCUUACUUUCAAGAAGCCACAAACAGUCUCCACUAGCCUGAGCAGCACCUUUAACCACAACCCUGCAGACAGCCCCAAAUUCCCAGGGAUAUCAUUGCUUGUCCCAGGCAAAAGUCCCAGUAAAUAUGGACGCCGAGGCAGUGCCAUAGGGAUAGGAACAGUAGAAGAGUCUUUGAUAAUCCCUGGGAAAAGCCCAACAAGGAAAAAGUCAGGUCCUUUUAGCUCCAGGCGAAGCAGUGCCAUCGGUAUUGAAAACAUUCAAGAAGUCCAGGAGAAGAGCAGUAGAGAUAACUCUCCAAACACUCAGAAGACUCCUGACAGUGGCCAUGUUUCUCAAGACCCCAAGUCUGACAACUCAUCCAAUCAGAGCUCUCCAGAGGUGCUCACAACAACUAAGAACAGUUCUUAUCUCGCUGGCAGGGCCCCAUCCAUCCCUGAGGGUCACGACCUCUCCCGCUCCUCCUCCAACGCCAGCAGCUUCGCCAGUGUGGUUGAGGAGAAUGAGACGGAAGCCACGGAGGACUACGACACUGGCAUGGAGAGUCUGUCAUCUGCUGGGACGCCACAUAAGCGAGACUCGCUCACCUACAGCACCUGGCUGGAAGACAGCAUCAGUAGCACCAGUAAUACCAGUCGUGGAAGCUCCCCAGAACUGUUAGCUCCACCUAUCUGGUUGUAUCCUGGAUCUCCAUCUUCAGCAUUCCCAUUAGUCACAAUCCUUCUGGGAGAUGAGACAAGUGCAGACACUCGCCGUGACCAGUGAUGAGAAGGAAAAUGAUGAAGAAGAUAAGAAAGAAGCGUGAAAGCAGAUGGAGUCUGGCCAGUCUGCUGCUCAGUGAGGCCAGAGUGCAGCAUAUCCAGAAACCUGAGGGACACUGGAGAGGAUGACGCACAGAGAGCAGCCAGCUUUUGCACAGUGUUGUUUCCUUUCACAUCUUUUCUUUGCCUCUUCACACAUCUGUUGCCUGUUUGUAUGUUUUUCUACCUGACCCUUGUUUCAAAGUCCACGUUUUAUCAGAAAGAUGUGAUUGUUUUAUUUGUAAGAGACAUCACUAUGACUCAGUUUGUCUUGUUGAAGCCUUGGUGUGCUGGCUAUACGAGGUGAAGCAAGGUAAAGACAGUGCCAUUGUGCUCUCUGUUGAGACUGUGAGGAGGAUUGUUGCUGCAACAUAGCGAACAAGUUCCUGAAUGAUUUCACCAAAUCAACCAAGGCAUUGGCUUAAAAAAGAUCUUUAAUGUAUACAUAAUACCAAAUAUUUAGCAUCAAAGAUGAGUGUUUUCUAACAAAAUAUCCAAUGUGAUCAUGAGUUGCUCUGCUGGAUGCUGUUUACUGUGAUUAUUUUCUUGGUAAAAUCCAAAUAAAAGGAUAAUAUAGCUGCAGCAAAACAACUGUACUCUUUUCUCUACUUCCCAUAUUUCCACAAGAUUAGCUCUUAAAACUUAACAUCACAGGUCACAGUAAAGAUAGCAAUGUAUCGUAAUUAAACUGAAAUGGCCUUAACCUUAAAUAAACUAUUUCCUUCUUCUUAAAAUUUAUUUUACCUCAUUUCUUUCACUUGUGUGUUCUACAGCCAAGUGUGGGAGAGCAGUAUUUGACUACGUGUAAAACUAAUAUAUUUAGAAUCAUUUUAAGGACACUGUUUUGUUUUUAAAAAUGGUGGUAUAUUUCAGUUGUACCUCAGCACUGUCUGUAUAGUCUGCUAGCAUUAAUAUAUCCAUCACUGAGUGAUUUAACCGCUUUGUCCGUCUUGAAUGUUGGUGCAAACACCAGUCUCAACAUUAUGUUCUCAAAUACUUUUUUCUUUCUAAAAUAUGUUUUUUAUUUAUUGAUUUGGUUCAUGCUAAAGUGGCAUUUAGGCCCCACAUGUUCUACUGUACCUCUAUGGUGACGCCAUUCAACAUCUUGUCAUAUGCUUAUAUUGUAUGUGUUGCUUUGACGUGAAUUCUAAUGUUGUCAUCUGUAAAGCUCUGUCGAUUUCAGGGGUCUUUAAGUGCAGUAAAUUUGCAAUGCAAUUAUAAUAAAACAAUAUUUAUUUGCUUUGAAAGUAAGAAAAUAACUCCAAAUACAACUACUGAUUUUGUACAUAGAUAUUUAGUUGGAGUACAUUAUGUGUAAUGUAUAGACCAUUAACUCAGAAGAGGAUUGAAAUUACUGCCAAGUUCACAAUUUUACUGUUGUUUUAUUUCCCAUACCUUUGAUUUUCAAUAUUAUUUGGAGAGAGUUUUAUAGAAUACAAUUAUUUUCAAAGCUAUUCAGACUGUUCUGUAAAAGGGAAAAGCUCACAGUACAUCCUGCUGAUCAUUUCAGUUGCCUUAUGUCACAAACUGAUGGUGUAAGUAUAGCUAGAGAAUCGAAUAGUUAAUAGCCAGCAGGAUUGACAUGGAAAUGAAUGUUUUGUUCUUGCUGUUUUAUUGUAAAUAAAUGCCCUGAAAAAUUCA